AUGAAGACUUCGCUCGAAUGCGAUCGGGCUGAAGCCGCGGAUAGCGGCGGUAAAGGACGGAUAUCGUUCAGCGUGGACUCACUGUUAGGUAGCAAAACAAAUGCACCAAAAGAAACCACAGAUACUAACAGCCUUGAUGCUGAAAGUACUAUAGAAAGUGAUGAUAGUGACGUCGAUAUUGAAGAUGUUGAAUCCAAUGCUGGUGAUGAAAGAGAUGAGAGGGAGAGCAAUCAUGAUGGAGAAGAGAUGGAAAGUAGAAGUGGAGUUGUUGUCCCUCAGCCUUUGUUGCCGCGACUGUAUCAGGGUCCGGCGCCGCCAGCGUGGCCUUUCGGAGCAUUUCCGUGGAUGGCACCGAACCCUAUGUUUAGAGCUGGAUCUCCUAAUACCGGGCCGCCAAGUGGACCGCCAGUCGUACGCUGUCAGCUGCGCAAGCACAAGCCUAACCGCAAGCCGCGGACGCCAUUUACAACACAACAGCUUCUGGCUCUCGAGAAGAAGUUCCGAGAUAAGCAGUACCUGAGCAUCGCAGAGAGAGCGGAAUUCUCCUCUUCUUUACGGCUUACUGAGACGCAGGUAAAAAUUUGGUUUCAAAAUCGACGCGCAAAAGCGAAACGGCUACAAGAGGCUGAAAUAGAAAAGUUACGUCUAUCAGCCAGGCCUCUUCUUCCUCCGUCUUUCGCCCUCUUUGGAGGAGGUGGAGCACCGCCUUUAUUUGCCGCAAUGGCCGCCGCCACUAGACCACAAUUAAGCUUCCUUGGAGGACCACCAAGUCAUCAGCACGCGAUCAAUAUGAACAUACUUAAUUCGUUACAACCGCAUUGA